CUAACCCCCCCUUUUCUCCCACCCCUUGUCCUUUAUUAUGCUCAAUCGCUCCGUUGUCAAUGUGGGUCGUUGGUCAGCCCUCGCGUUUGGCCUCGUCUAUGGCUACACCCAUAACGCAUCGCUGAAGUCCCAGCAAGUGCAGCUUGACAAGGAGGCUGAUUACCACCGUAAGGAGCUCCUUAUCGAGCAGGCAAGAGCUGCCUACGCCAAGAAGCAGUUGGCACUUACUACUCCCGUCAAGGCUGUCGAGAACGUUGAUAUUGAUAGCCCCGACUUUGACUUUGAGAAGUUCGUUGCUGAUUUCGAGGCCAAGGAGAAGAACUAGAUUACCUUUUUUUUAUAUAUACAUAUACAUUUUUCUUUGUUUUAUGCUUUUAUUGGAUGGAUCCUGCGUCCUCUCGACCGUAGAAUCUAUUACACGCAAAAAAACGUACACACUACACAAACACACUACACACACAAACACACAAACACACCAACAAUACACCUAUCAAAAAAAAAAGCGCCUCUAUGAAAGUGGAAGAACAAAAAAAGAACAGAGAAAUUGCAAAAAAAAUAAUGAAAUUUGGGUCGAGUUCCAG